AUGUCCUGGAACAAUCCUUGCUCUGCUCAGUAUAACAAGGUUGUUGGUCAAGACGAUUUUGUGCCACCUUCACCUUCACGUCCAACAACUAGUUUACCUAAAAAACUACGUCUCGCUCAGACAGGUUUGCCAGAAAACCGUCCAAAAAAUCUUCGAGUUUGCAAACAUGUCGUCAACAACGUUGCUACAACAUUCUCCAUCGCUGACAUGGAUCGCUUGCAACGACCAGCACCUGAACCGAUACUUCAAGAAGAUCGUGCAAUGGUUGAUACCGAGGCACAAAAGUACAAUGACUUGGAGGUACUUGAUUCUCUUCACGUGUAUGAAUACAACCAACCCGACGUCUUUCGUCGAAGCAAUGCACCUGACGAUACCCUCUUUUUCGAUUCUUUGUUUGAGAAUGGUAAUUUACAAAAAGCUGUUCGAGUGUUUCGAAAACGUUCGACCGGGUCUCAAACGUUACAACAAGAGUAUGAAUUAGUCAUUCAUCCAGAUGUGAACAACGGAGCGUAUCGUCAAUGGUUUUACUUCCAAGUUCGCAAUGGUAGACCCGGUACGACGUAUCGUUUUGCUCUCGUAAAUCUAGCAAAACGAAGGUCAUUGUUUGGUCAGGGCUUACAGCCUGUUGUCUACUCGCAACACAACGCGAGAGCAAAUGGAAUCGGCUGGAGACAUUGCGGUACAUUUGUGCGGUAUGACGUUUCUGUGUCGACAUUGGCUCCUUUAGGAGCCAACACAUUGAGUUUUCAAUAUGAAUUUGAGCAUCAGAAUGACUGUGUCUUCUUUGCUUGCCUUCAGCCAUACACAUAUACCGAUUUAAUGGACUACUUAGAGCAGCUAGAACGUGACCCAGAGCGUAUGCAAUUGUUAUGUCGAACUGAGCUCUGUCAGACUAUUGCAGGGAAUACAUGUGAUCUUCUUUCAAUCACAUCUCCUGAGAUCAAUGAACUUUUACUCGACGAACGACGCAUUAUUGUUCUAUCUGCGCGAGUACAUCCUGGUGAGCCCAAUAGUAGCUGGAUAAUGAAAGGAAUGAUUGAUUACCUUACAGGCCCAAGCAGUGGUGCUACGAUUCUCCGACAGCAUUUCAUAUUUAAGAUCGUGCCCAUGUUAAAUCCGGACGGAGUCAUCAAUGGCAAUACUCGCGUCAAUCUUGCGGGGUGUGACCUUAAUCGAAAAUGGAGUCAGCCGAUUGAACAAUUCUUUCCAACAAUUUACCAUUUGAAACAGCAUCUGGCAUACUAUCAGUCUACGAAUCGUGUUGCCAUCUAUUGUGAUAUACACGGACAUAGUCUCAAUCGCAAUAUUUUUAUGUACGGAUGCUAUCCAUUGAGUAGAAAAAGCAGCAUCUCAGAUGUUCUUUUCACUCCUUCAUUCAUCGCGCGAGAUAAUUCAGACCCGAGAGCAUUUCCCGUUAUAGUUGCACGGCAUACAUCAUGCUUUUCGCUUCCUGGCUGCAACUUUAAAAUUCACAAGUCGAAGGUAUCCACAGCUCGAGUCGUUGUGAACCAAGAAUUAGGUGUGACAAAUAGUUAUACACUCGAAGCUAGUUUUUGUGGACCUGAUGUUGGGAAAAAUAAAGAUACGCAAUUUUCGACGUAUGACCUUGAAGAUGUAGGACGAGCUUGGUGCCAAAGCUUGAUAGUUUAUUAUGGUCUUACUAAUGAAGUCGAGGCAUUGGACGCUGAACAAACGAGAGUAGAAAAGCUCGAGAAUCAGCAAGAGGUAGUGGCUGAUCAGAAUACUUCUAUCCAAAAUAUCACAUCAUCAAUGCAUGGGAUGGCUGAGGACAAAGAGACUCGCUUUGAAAAGGGUGUUCUGGGUGACGGUGAUACAGCCACCGCAGCCCCGUUCACACAAUCAGAUUGUAAGGUGAACGACAUUAUAAACUUUCAAGAAAGCAAUGCGCAAAUUUCUGACCUUUCUAGCGGUGAAGAAGCACCAGAUUUACCUACUUUUGAGCUUGAAGAGAGCAGGAAUCAAAAAAAUACAACAACGAACCGAUUUUGGAUUACCGAAAGUCAUAGUCAAAGGGAACGUGAAAACAUGAAAACCUCAGGAAUUACGAAGUCAAAAUUUGUGAUGUGUCACUUAACGUCGAAAGGUCCAAAUGCUGCAAGGACAAAACGGAAGGGUAAACCUAAGAUCAGACGUUUUAAUUCAGAAAUGGCUACUUCAUCUAUGCGUUCAAUACGUGAUGACGCUGCAACUUCUUUUCGAAAUCUCGCAGUUUUAGCAGCUCGACCUGUGGAAGAAGCAUCGAAUCGAAAUGGAAAACAAGUAUCGAGUGUUUCGCAUUCCAAUAGCAUAACCGCACGUACAAAAGGUUCUAGCAAGACGUCGUUGCUUCAGCUUCCAAAUGUUUUUUUACGUCGCAAUCGUAUUUCCAAAACUGCACCGGCUUAUGAACGUAAUUUUUCGAAAAGAGAGGACCAAAGUUAUUUCAACUUGACAAAACUACGUGCUGAUCUUCCUGUCUUGCCACUAUCUGGUCGAAAUCAAAACCUUCGACGGCAAACCUGA